CUUUCAAAAAUGGUGCUUCAUCCUCCUCCUCACCAACACGAACAAUUCAUACUCAAAUCAGCACUAUACUCCAGACUCCUGGUCUUGUCACUAACCAUCGCAUGGCGCAUUCUAGCAUCCCCUUACGACAGCUCCGCACCGUUAAACCUUCCCUGCCUCACCGCCAACCACACGCACACUCACACUCUUCCCCAAUCCCAAACCCUAUUACUCCCCAAACUCGCUUUCGCACUCGAAAAUGGCGUCGUUUGGGACUCCGUCUACUUCGUCCGCAUCGCCCAGUGCGGCGGUUACGAGUACGAGCAGACCUACGCGUUCUUGCCGCUUCUCCCGAUCUCCAUUUCCUUCCUCUCUCGCUUUCUCUCUCCAAUUUUUGCCCCCUUUGUUGGACACAGAGCAGUUCUUGCUUUCUCCGGUUACCUAAUCUGCAACGUCGCUUUUGUAUUCGCAGCUCUUUACUUGUACAGGCUUUCCAUGAUUAUCUUGAAGGACCCUGAAAUUGCAUUUCGGGCUACGAUUUUGUUCUGCUUUAACCCAGCCUCAAUUUUUUAUUCAUCAAUAUACUCAGAGAGUCUGUAUGCCCUCCUUUCUUUCGCAGGGUUGUACUAUUUCGUAAGGGGUGGGAAUAAUUUAGCCUCUCUCUUUUUCGCUCUCUCUGGCUGUGCAAGGUCUAAUGGGGUGCUUAAUGCUGGUUAUCUCUGUUUUCAGACCAUGCAUCAGGCUUAUAAUGCUAUGUUUCAGCAAAAGCGCACUGCUUUGGCAUUGGGGACUGUUAUUGCUGGAGCUUUACGUAGUGUGUUCGUUUUUGCUCCAUUUGUAGCUUUCCAAGCUUAUGGGUAUUACAAUAUGUGUAAAGGACGGCUUCCUGAUGAAUUAAGGCCUUGGUGCAAGGCGAGGGUACCAUUGCUUUAUAAUUACAUACAAAGUCAUUAUUGGGGUGUAGGUUUCUUGAAAUAUUUUCAGUUGAAGCAGUUGCCUAACUUUCUUCUUGCAUCACCAAUACUGUCUGUGGCACUUUGCUCUGUUGUCUAUUAUGCUAAAUCAAGGCCUGAGAACUUCUUCUCACUGGGUUUUCGAACUUCUAUUGAAGAGAAGAGCUCUGGAGUUGUGUUUUUGUCGGAUGAUUUCAGGUCCAAAAAAGCUGGCAAUGUGGAUAAAUCUUCUGUUAAGGCAAAAGAAAAUUCCAAUCUUACUAAAAGAAAGAAGGUGACCGAAGGAGCUGUUGGUGAAGUUAACAUGGUUGAGCCAGCAACUAGGCCAGGAUACUUUUCUGCAUGUGUACUCCCAUUUGUAUUGCACUUGGCAUUCAUGGCAGCCACAGUUUUCUUUGUCAUGCAUGUACAGGUCGCGACCCGGUUCCUGUCAUCAAGCCCACCUGUUUAUUGGUUUUCUUCGUACAUAAUGGCACAUCCUACCAAAUACCGUAGAUGGGGAUAUGUGAUUUGGGCAUACUCUGCUGCAUAUAUUUUCCUUGGCAGUUUGCUGUUUUCAAACUUCUAUCCUUUUACUUGAUAGCUAGAAGUAGAAGAUAUAUUCAGCUUUUCAAUCUCAUACAAGGCAGCACAUAGGCAUAGCUUGCAGAUCCUGAAUUUUGCACACUAAUUACUGUGUUGCUUUCCCAUGGCUGGGCUCGGCUGGUGGCUAUUUGAUGCGUACGGAAGCAAAUUACUCUGCCUUAUAUUUACUAAUAUUUGCUAACUCCCAUUUAUAAUCCUAUAUGAUAUGUUUUCUUCUUUCUUUCUUAUCCCCCCUUUACCUCAACUCAGGAUUUAAUUUUCCUGGUGAUUAAUCUUCACUAAGUCCAGCUUUGUUCUAAUCUUCUGGUUAUAUGUUUCUUUCUAUCUAGUUAUGUUUUGAAGUGUCUCAUCCUUUCAUUUCCAGUGAGUAGUUUUAUGCCACAGAUCAUUUGUAACAGGUGAAAUACAUUUUGUUCUGCCAUUGCUUUACGGCGGAUUGGUUACGAUUAUUAGAGGGGUACAUUUUGAAAAGCAGAAGCAUGACUUGAAGAAGCAUAUCAAAGUGAUGGUUUAUUUAUGUUUGACUACGAAAAGUACGAGAUAUAAUCAAUGAUACAGCACCUUGGUAUCCACCUCCCUUGGUGUAACUUCCGGAUCCAUUCCUCAUAAUAGCCUUUAUGAAUUGUUCAAUACGCCGCAUCCAAAGCUUUUUAUUUAUUUAUUAUGAUAAUUUAUGGGUUUACACACCUCAAUUCUAAUAUAGAAUAAAAAUUUUAUGGGUUUCUGAAUAGAUUCUGAAAUGAAUUGAGAGAGAGAUUGUAACAGAAAGAAAGAACUGAAUAUUUGUGUAUAUUAUCUUGCGUUGAGGUUUACAAGGAUGGGAUACAAGCUAUAUAGUAGUUGAGUAUAACGGCCAGUCAGUAAAGGAAAGUCAUAAUUGACUGAUAAUAGAUUCUGGAAAAGAGAAGAUUCAGAAAUGAGUUGUUGGCCUGUUCAGAGGUAUCAACCAACUAACGAAGAAUCCGUUUGACUGAUUUUCAAUAAGUAAGAAGAGUGGCUUAGGCAUGAUGUAGUGGCAAAGAUGUUUGCCUCAAAUGAAGCCACACCAAGUUCAAAUCCUAGUGUAGUUGCUAGGUUAGUGUGUGUGUGUGUGAGUGUGUUGUAUGACAAAAAAAAAAAAAAAAAGUAAGAAGAGGCUUUUGUGUAUAUUGACUGAUUUUAUUUACUGCAAAAGCAAUUUCUGGUCUUGUUGGAGUGCAAUACUGAGAAGUACACACAACAAACCUAUAAUGUGUUGGAUCUGCAUAAGCCUCUAAUCCAUGGUGAGAUAAUUUCUCACUAGUUAUAUCAUAGGAAUUAGAACAGGCUUUGCAUCCAACAUUUCAGCUCUAGAAGGAGCUCUUUUAUGUAUUUACUCUGUGAAAGAUGGUAUCUCCAGAAGCUAACUUUGUUGCCUCAAUCACAAGGAAAUAAUUAAAAGUGCCAAGAGUUUUUAGAGUAAAAACAGCAUUUAGUUUAGUCAUGAAUGAAGUAAUAGCAUCCUUAUUAUUCCCUGUAACUAAAACAUCAUCAACAUAAACCAUGACAUAGAUAGAAAAAGUAGAUCUGUGCUGAAUGAACAAUGAAGGAUCUGGUUUUGCAUAAUGAAAUCCAAACUGGCAGAGAGUGUGAUAUAUACCAGGCUCUUGGGACCACUUUAAGACCAUAUAUAGCUUUAUUUAGCUUGCAAACCUGUUCUGAAUUUGCUGAACCAAAAUCCAGUGGUUGCUUCA